UCACCAAGAGACAUACACACUCGUUUAAUAGUAGGGAUUUUGUAAGAUUUGAUUUGAUUAUGCGUAGGGCGAAGCAAAGUAAGUUUAGAUUUACUUGAGGAUUUGAUAAGGUUUGAUUUGAUUUGGGUGUGUGUAAGAGAAGACAAGAAAAAGUGUGAUUUUGUUGAGUUGGUAAGAUUUGAUUUAAUUGAGUUGAUGCAGUACGUGAUAUUGGGCGGAGGGAUGAAUCCUGAGUCGCAAACGAUGUACGUAUUCUCUUGAAUAAUAGAGAUUUGUAAGAUUUGAUUUGAUUUGAGUAUGAGUAGAGAGAUUAAAAAAAGUUUUGACUUAGUUAUGGUUGGUAAGAUUUAAUUUGGGUAUGGACAGUGCAAGAUCAGACCAAUUUAAAUUUAGUUGGGGUUUUGAUAAGAUUUUAUAUUUGAUUAAGUUAAUGUGUUUUGGAUGGAGGGACAAAAGUUAAGUCUAAACAAUGUCCAGACUCCUCUUUAAUGAUAGAGAUGUAGAUAUAGAUACAGACAGGGAAGAUAAAGAUAGAGAUUUAGCAGCACGAUCAUACUGGAAUUAGUGAAACAUUUCCUUAGAUUUCUUCUUUGUCUCCUUGUGAGCUGCGUACGGCUCCCGAAACGUGGCUGUAAUAUAGUGAGGACGGAAUCCGGGGCCAAACGCUCUACUCCGUCACACCAGCUUAGCCAAAUGGCCCGGGGAGACGGCGCUGCGGACCGUCGGCGGGUCAUCGGCCAUGGUUCCGUCGACGACGAUGGCAAGCCCAAGAGAACAGGAACGGUGUGGACGGCGAGCGCGCACAUCAUAACGGGGGUGAUCGGCUCCGGCGUGCUGUCCCUGCCCUGGUCCAUGGCGCAGCUCGGCUGGGUCGCCGGGUCGAUCACGCUUUUCCUCUUCGCCGCCGUCACGUACUACACCUCCGCGCUCCUCGCCGACUGCUACCGCAGCGACGACGCCGUCACCGGGAAGAGGAACUACACCUACAUGGAGGCCGUCCAGUCCUACCUAGGUAGCAGGCAGGUGUGGUUUUGUGGCCUCUGCCAGUACGUCAAUCUCGUUGGAACUGCAAUUGGGUACACCAUCACAGCAUCGAUCAGUGCCGCGGCUUUGUACAAGGCCGACUGCUUCCACAAGAACGGCCACUCUGCCGACUGCGGCGUGUACACCACCAUGUACAUGGCCGUGUUUGGGAUCUCCCAGAUCGUCUUCUCGCAGCUCCCCAACCUCCACGAGAUAGCCUGGCUGUCCAUCCUCGCCGCGGUCAUGUCCUUCUCCUACUCCGCGAUCGGCGUUGGCCUCGCCUUGGCACAGACCAUAUCAGGUCCUACUGGCAAGACAACAAUGGGCGGCACUGAAAUUGGGGUAGACGUCACUAAUUCGGCCCAGAAGAUAUGGUUGACGCUGCAAGCGCUCGGCAACAUUGCAUUCGCCUACUCAUACUCCAUGGUUCUCAUAGAAAUUCAGGACACGGUGAAGGCGCCUCCGGCCGAGAACAAGACGAUGAGGAGGGCAAACCUAUUGGGGGUCUCCACCACCACGGCCUUCUACAUGCUCUGCGGCUGCCUCGGCUACGCCGCCUUCGGCAACGCGGCGCCGGGGAACAUGCUCACCGGGUUCGGCUUCUACGAGCCCUUCUGGCUCAUCGACUUCGCCAACAUCUGCAUCGUCGUGCACCUCAUCGGUGCCUACCAGCUCUACUGCCAGCCCAUCUACGCCGCCGUGGAGAGCUGGGCUGCGGCGCGGUGGCCGGGCUCAGACUUCGUGGUCCGCCAGUACCGUCCCUUCGCCGGUGGCAAUUUCAGCGUCAGCAUGUUCAAGCUGGUGUGGAGAACGGCGUUCGUCGCCGUAAGCACGGUCCUUGCCAUUUUGAUGCCCUUCUUCAAUGCCAUCCUUGGCCUCCUUGGCGCGCUCGCAUUCUGGCCGCUCACAGUGUACUUCCCCGUGGAGAUGUACAAACGUCAGAGCAAAGUGGAGAGGUUUUCCAAGAAGUGGGUGGUGCUGCAGAGCCUGAGCUUCACGUGCUUUGCGGUGACGGUGGCAGUGACCGUCGCAUCCGUGCAGGGGAUCACCCAAUCACUCAACAACUAUGUGCCAUUCAAGACGAAGCUGUGAAUGAAAUCCACCUUUUAAGUCAAUAAAAUCCACCUUUUAAGUCAAUAAAAUCCACCCUUUGUUGAAAAAAAACGAAGUUGUUAGCUAUGCAAAGACCGGGUGUGUGCUUAUUGUGUUUGUAUCUACUUGAUACUUCAUUUUGAGUCAAUAAAAUUCAAAAAACUUUUGUA